UUAUGUAUUAAACUUAUUAUUGGCUUAAAGCCUCCACAGACAAAGGUAAGUCACAUAUAAUGUUUUCAAGUGUAUAUGCAAAUGUAGGUUCAAGACAAGGCCAUGAAAGAGUCUUAGGGUUAGGGUUUUAGGGUUGUUUCAAUUAUUAUACUUACACUGUAAAACACGAUCUCAAAGAUGCAUUCUUAACUUUGGAAAUGUUUCCUGAGCUUUCGGCCACAUCAUUGUUGUCAUGACAACCACACCAAUUGAAGUCUAUAUACUACCACAAGUUGUGGCUAAAAGCUCCAGUAACCAGCCUUUUUUUGUGGAUGGUAUAUUGUAUAAUCGUCUCAACUGAUUACAACAGCACAAGGGGAAUAUACCAAUAUAAUACAUUUGUAGGGACAAAGACAGCAGCCUGUUAUUAUCACCUCUAAAACAUUGUAAUGUUAAUGAUACUCUACAGAACAAAUAGUAUUCAGAAACUGUGUACCAUCCCUGAGUUCAACACAGUGCUUUAUUGUUAGGGUGUGUGGGGUUGUGGGGGUUGGACGGAGUUGCUUCCUGAUUUGACGUACAUCCCCACGUCAUAUGGCCCGUGCCCCUGCAGUGCCUGGUGGUGCCCUGUGUCAGCGACUCUUCAUCAUAGUGCUGCGGUAAGGAUUCAACUAUUGUGAGGAGCUCUCUGUGAAAAUGCAUUUAUCUGGACUUUUGAAAAUAAUUCUGUUGUAAGUCAGUGGGCUACAUCUUUAAUUGUAAUGGGCAAAACAAGUAGGCCUACAGUUCUCUUGUGAAGUUAGGCCACGGGUCAGGAUGAGCAGAUGGGCGCUUGGAGGAAUUUUUGGAGAAAAGCGACAUCUAGUGGUUAACCUGCCGAAAGCAUCCUCCUCCAAAUCGAAGUUUUCUGUCUAUUUGAAUGACUGAGCAUGAUAUAAAUCAACACAAGCCGUGUGAUUAAAAACGUCUGCACCUUCUACACAGACUACUUUUUUUCUUUCUUCUUGAGUCUACACGUUUUGAGUUCAUUUUAACGGAGCAGAGAAUGAAGCCGGCCGCCGGCGGCGCUGCAGAUCCUCCAUCAUCGUCAACAUCAUCAGCGGACAAUAACGCAGGGAGGAGGAGGCAGCACCGGGCUCCCUCGCCGGCAAGAGCCCAGGAAGGGGCAACGAAGCGAGCUCCAAGACACCCGGGCAGGUGCAGAUCUCCUCUCGCCGCAGGAAGGAGCAGAAACGCCGGGGUGAAGGAGAGCCUGAGGUCCGCCGACGGAAGGGAGAGGGAGCCCGAGAGCCGCGACGGGGCAGCUGUUCACGCUGAUGGUGCUGAAGCUGAUCUAGUCAGACCAAACAGGGCGGAUGCUGUCGGGGAAGAGCCGACAGAUUCGUCAACAUCGGCCCGUCGCUCCGCUUUGCGCUUACCCUGCUUGAAAGGCGACUCCAACCAGCGUUCGUCGUCCGGUAGAGUCUCCUCUUCCUCCUCCUCCUCGUCGUCUUCCUUUUCGGGGAAAACGAAAGAGAAGAAACCCGGAGAGCAGGGCAGCCACAGGGAGAGAGGAGGCGGGUCCGUGGGCUGCGGAGGAGCGGGCCUCGGUUUGGGUUUGUGGAGAGGAGGAUGCUUGCAGGCUGAACUGAUCCACUUCCAUCUGCAGAAGAGGCUGAAGAGAAGCGGCGCGAGGAUGCAAACUAAGGCGGUGGACGACGCGGGCGCAGAGGAGGCCGCGAGGGGAGAGAUGGAGCCGGCUGCAGAGGCGACAGAGGCGGGGUCCGUGACACAGCAGGACCAGGCCUUUCAAGACGAGAUGGAGAGACUGCUGGAGGAAAAUGAAGAUCUCAAGUGUGAGAUCGAAGAGAUGAGGACCGAGAUGGACGAGAUGAGGGACACUUUCUACGAGGAGGACACUUGUCAGCUGCAGGAGAUGAGGCGUGAGCUGGAGAGGGCCAAUAAAAACUGCCGGAUCCUGCAGUAUCGUCUGAGGAAGGCAGAGAGGAAGAGGCUGCGCUACGCCCAGACGGGAGAGAUCGAUGAGGAGCUGCUUAGGAGUCUGGAACAGGACCUGAAGGUGGCGAAGGACGUGUCUGUGAGGCUGCACCACGAGCUGGAAAAAGUGGAGGAGAAGCGUGCAAAGACAGAGGAGGAGAAUGAAAAACUCAGACAAAAACUCAUAGAGGUGGAAGUGACCAAACAAGCUCUGCAGAAUGAACUAGAUAAAACCAAAGAGUCUCAAAAGAGAAGAGGAAGCAAGGACAUCCAGAAGACAGACAAGAAAGCAGCACAGACUCUUACUGAGGAGGACAAUGAGGACCUUAAGUGCCAGUUAGCAUUCAUCAAAGAGGAGGCCGUGCUUAUGAGAAAGAAGACGGCCAAGAUUGACAAAGAGAAAGACCGACUAGAGCAGGAGCUGCAGAAAUACCGCUCCUUCUAUGGAGAGCUGGACAGCACCCAUCCUAAAGGAGAGGCAGGGGGGCCACCCACCACCCGAGAGUCAGAGCUGAAGCUGCGGCUCCGCCUGGUGGAGGAAGAGGCCAACAUCCUGGGGAGGAAGAUAGUUGAGUUGGAGGUUGAGAACCGAGGCCUGAGGGCCGAGCUCGAUGACCUUCGUGGUGAAGGCGAAGGAGCUGGAAGCUCUGGGUGCGGAGCGAUGGGCGGGCCGGGUGCAGGGCGGGGCCUGGGAGACGAUCUGACGGAGCUCCGGCAGCAGCUGCAGUUGGUGGAGGACGAGGCAGAGCUUCUAAGGAGGAACCUCGCUGAUGCUGAGGAUCAGAACAAGAGGGUGACGGCAGAGCUUAACAAGCUACGGUUCAAAGCAGGAACCCACGAGGGAGGCGCCAGACAUGGAGGAGGAGGAGUUGCAGGAGGUGCGGGGAUUGAUGGAGCAAAGGUGGAAGCUCUGCAGGAGGAGCUGAAGGCAGCGAGGCUACAGAUCAACGACCUAAGUGGAAAGGUAAUGCAGCUGCAGUACGAGAAUCGUGUGCUCCUCUCCAACAUGCAGCGUUAUGACCUGGCCUCCCAUCUCUCCCUGCGGCCCAGCCCACGUGACAGUGAUGCAGAGAGUGAUGCCGGCGGUGCAACGAGUGGCCGACGCGAAAGCGACGAAGACUCCAACUCCUCUCGCCUCCUCCCACCUCACCGCAAACGUGAGGGCCCAGUGGGCGGGGAAAGUGACUCAGACGAGGUCAGAAACAAUAACGGCAGCAGCCAUUGCCUGACGCCCACUAGGGGCCUCUACACCCCCACCGGGCCCGAGGGUGCCGCCUCCUCUGCCUUGGCCCGCUUCCUGCCCAGUGGCCGAUGCAGCCUGCGUGACAGGCAGCAAAUGAUUGACAUCCGCAUGGAAGCGGAGAGGCUCGUUCGGACCAUCGACAGGCUCAUCGCUGACACGGCCACCAUCAUCUCAGAGGCGAGGGUCUACGUUUCCAAUGGCGACCUGAUGCUUGGGAGAGGAGGGGAGGAGGGUGGAGAGGAUGAUGGGAGCAGGAUCAGGGAACAUGAGCUGCUGUAUCGCAUUAACGCCCAGAUGAAGGCCUUCAGAAAAGAGCUGCAGGCCUUUAUAGACAGACUGGAAGUGCCAGUGCUGGAGGACAGAGAGACAGAGGAGCCACUGUCGGUAACCAAAAACACAGAGAAAAGCUCAGCACUUUCCACGGCUGCACGCACAUUCAAGGAGCUGUGGCUGGAUUCAACACUGGAGUCUAUAUUACCCACAACACAUCACUGUCUGCAGUCCCUCAAGAAGGACGACACCUGCUGUACCAUCCUGCUGUCGUUGCCUCAAGGUAAAGUAAGGCUAAAGUUUGCUUUUAUCGCCACGUAUUAGGGAACACAACAGGUGGGGGAAUGAUGGUGAUGAUCCAGGGGCUUCAAACUGGAAGGAAUCCUGGUGAUCGUGUGGAGUGCCAAAUGUCAGAUCUUGUCCAGGGAAAAGGGGGCCCAGAAAUUCCCAGCAGGACCCCUGAUUAGAGCAAGGCAUUAGUAAUUGAUGGUGUGGCAGACAAACAGUAGCAACUGUCCUCAGACAUCACUGCAGGAGGAUGAGUCAAGAACACAGUCACAGGUUCACGUUACUCCAAGACAUUGUAUGAGAUUUCACACAUUUUGCUCUUUUGAGCACGUGGAACAUAAAAUAUGCAGAGCCUGUGUCAAUUGUAUAACCUGGUAUCAUUUUUCAAUAUAUGCCAUAAAAUACUGUGAAACAUUAAAAGCUAAGAGCACAUGAAGGUCACCACAAAUGACUGAAAAAUAAAAAGUGGCUCAGAAUAUUUUGCCAAACAUGCAAGGCAUUCACUGGCAGCCUCUUUUUCGUGACUAACUUCAAUAAAGAUAUUAUUGACUGUGACACAUUAUUACACACUGUGUCACCCACACCUAUUUGGCACCCCCUGGAAAAAUGAUUUGCAGCAGAGUUUGGUCACAAGACAAAAUCUGCCCAAGCAUCCUAAAGCAGAGUAGCAACAGAGAAGCCUAUUGGCUGAGAGAUUGGAGCAGCUGAAAUAGCUAUGUAAACACUUUCCCUCUCUCCGCGAGCCCCGGUAAUUA